AUGACCCUUUUUCAGACUAAUUUAAGAUUCUUAGAUCAUAAUAUCCAAAACGGAAGAAUAGUUCUGAUCCAAAGGAGCAUUGAAUUUGCAUCUAAAUUUCCUGAUGUCAUUACUGAUAAGACUCAACUCCAAAGGUUUCUAGGAAGCCUUAAUUAUAUUUCUCCUUUCAUAAAGGAUCUUGCUAAGGAUACUUCAAUUCUUUAUGAAAGAUUAAAGAAGAAUCCAAAGGCAUGGACUGAUGAUCAUAGUAAAUCGGUCAGACGGAUUAAGCAAAAAGUUAAUAAUCUUUCAUGUCUUACACUUGCUAAUCCAACCUGGGCAAAGGUUGUUGAAACUGAUACCUCGGAUAUAGGAUAUGGCGAGAUAUUAAAACAGUGUUCCCCAACUGAUAAACAAGAAUAUCUUGUUCAAUUCUAUUCGGGAAAAUGA